CUUGCUGCGUUGGCUGCGUGAUGCCGAGGUGCUGUCCUCUGCCGACUACCUGUCCCUGCCGGAGAGGACGCCUUCCAACGCCGUGGCCAUGGCCUGCAGAUGGCGUGCGCGGCUGAGGAGAGCUGCCCUAAAGUUUCUGCAAGUCUGGGUGGAGAGACACUGCAGGGACAUCAGCAAGCCACUCGCACCCGCGAAAGCUGAAGCAAUAAAAUGAAGACUUUUGAACUCUGUGUUGUCCUCAUAACCAAAGAACACUACUGUUGGGAGACCUUUUGACCUCAUCACAUAAGUUGCUCAAAGUUGGAACCAGCCAACAUCUUACAGUAGUGCAACUUCCUCCUUUUGAAAAUACAUACAAACUCUACAAAAUCCACAUCACUUCUAGAGGACUCGACUUCACCGCGGACAUCUGUCUGUGAAGCAGGUCCGGUAAAAACAGUUUCUGCCUCUCCUGACUCACAAAGAUGGCUGCAGCUCUGACUCUCCUUCUCAUUGGUUCUCUGCUGCAAGGUGCUCAGAGUAAAAGGUUUAAGGCAUUUGUGCCGCAGACUAUAGAGGUUCUUAGAGGAUCCUGUGUGACCAUCCCCUGCUCCUUUGAGAUAGAAGAUCAAUAUGAAUCAAACCUAGAUGACACAUGUAGAGCACAAUGGUUCAACGAUGACACUCUUGUGUUUGACAGCAAAUAUCCACAAACACGUUUAAAUAAUGGAGAACUGACAGGAGACUUGACAAAAAAAACCUGCACCACAACCCUGAACAACAUUCAGCCUGCUGGCAGCAAUAGUUAUUUCUUCAGGUUGGAAUGUGACAACAAACUAAAAUAUAGUUUUAAACAAACAAUUACAAUUUCAGUCACAGAUGUUCCUCCCAGACCGACUCUGACUCCGUCAGCUCUGAAGGUGGAGGAGGGAGCCUCAGUGAGUUUGAGGUGCUCUGCUCCAGCUCCAUGUCUGUCUCAUCCUCCAACUGUGACAUGGACCAAAGGCCUGGGGGACAUUGUGGAGACACUGCAGGAGAAUGAGGACAGAACCAAAGUCCUGACCUCUGUUGUGACCUUCACUGCCUCUCACAAGCAUCAUGGAGAGACAAUCUCCUGUGAGGCCUCCUACCACAAACAGGAUGGAAGCGCUGAGUCAGCUGCUACUUUAACAGCUGAUGUUUCAUAUGCAGCACAGAUCCUGCCCUCAUCCGACUGCAUCACAGCUGGAGACCAGCUCAACUGCUCCUGCUGGACUCUGGGAAAUCCUCCUCCCACUGUACGCUGGUAUCUGAACGGGUCACCUGUCAAUCACUCCGAGGAGCUUUCAGUAAGCAGCGAGCGUCUAAAUGACACGACCACGCGGAGCAUCAUCACGGUGAAUAGACAGCAGGAGGCGGGUCUUUCCUCGCUGCUCUGCCGCAGCGUGAACUCUCGGGGAUCUGCUACUCAGCGGUUUUGUGUCGGCAGCUCAGAGCCUCAAACCACCGCGGGAAGUCCAGAGCUCACAGGACCAGGGGCCUUAACUCUGGAGAGAGUCAGCACACCGGUGACACCAGCUCCGCUGUGGCGAGCCAAGGCCUCGCAGGUGAAAAGCUCAUUGAGCUAUCUGUAACAGCGGAGGAGGCUAUCUAUGCCAACACCAACCUGACGCCAAUAUCCCAAAUACUCGUGUAGAACAUCAGCAGGUUGCACGUAGAAGCCCAGAGGAGAAGCCGGAUGAGGACGGCAGCGACGUGCUCUACUCGAGCGUCACUUUCAAGAGCAAGAGCCAGAUAAAGGAGGGGGAGCGCUCCGGGGGCCGGAGUCCGUCUCCUUGCUCCUACCUGGAGGAGGAGAGGCGCAUGGAGGGAGGCGCGGCCAGAGGUCACGUGGUCAACGCGUCGGAAUUGGGGAGUUUGUAUGACAAGAUUGGGAUGAGGAAUGUUGCCACGAAGACGAUCAACACUGAAUAUGCCCAGGUUAAUUUGUAGAGAGUCAAUUAUUAUCCAUCGAAAUGUUUUCUUCCAUGGAUCUUUGGUAAGGAUUAUGAAUCACGUUCGCGUUGUAUCGUCAGUGUUUUGUCCCUUACGUGUUCUCAAGUAUGUCAAAUAUGUUGUUUUACAUACUUGACACCUUCCUUCAUCAAGCCAUUGUAUUGGGUUCUGUUAUUUUUAAACAACAGAACCAUUACAAUGUUUUACAACAGAAAAAACAAUGAAAAAGAGAAAACUGGAUCCCGUCUAACAAUUCAACACUUUCAGCUACCAAAUUAAUCCAAAGUCAAUUUUAGGCAAACUGUAUUUGUGUAAGUUACGUCAACGCACUUUGACCAAAUGCAACAGUACAGUACACGGUACAGUACAGCCUCUAUUACCUUAUUGCUUAAUUAUUGCAGUUUGUAGAUUGUAAACAACAACUAAUCCUUCUAAUCAGUGAGCCUUCAGUAUAAAGCUUAAAUAUGUCAAUGUGUUAUAAUAACUGUGCAUAUUGCUUAAUCAAUAAAGGCUAAUUAUAGGUU